AUGACUAAUGUUCAAGAGUUGGGUCAAGAGGGGUUUAUGUGGGGAAUUUCUAGUUCUGAUGAUUCUGGAGUCGGUUGUAGAAGAAACGAGAAGCAACUACCUCUACCACAACCUUCUAUUCCGUUAGAAAUUCCGAUCUCGACUGAUAAGAAGAAUGCAAAAGGAAAGAAAAGGACGAAACGAAACGGAAAAAUUCAUGGUGAAGAUUCACCUGAUCAUGAAAUACAUAUAUGGACAGAGAGAGAAAGGAGGAAGAAAAUGAGAGACAUGUUUUCUAAACUACAUGCUUUGCUUCCCCAGCUUCCUCCCAAGGCAGACAAAUCAACAAUUGUAGACGAAGCAGUGAGCUCCAUAAAAUCCCUUGAACAAACUUUACAUAAUCUCCAAAUGAAAAAGCUCGAGAAACUUCAAUAUUCAUCUGCUUCAAACACAAAUACUUCUCCUACAACUCUGCUUACACCAAUAUCAAACCAUUCCCAGAUCCUUCCCCUAGGUGCUGCUCCAGCAGACUGUUACUCUCGUGAAGCAUUCUUGGCCGAUCAGAUAUCUUCUUCCAUCACAAACCUGCCUUACCCUUGUAAUGACCCAACCGCGGCUUUCGAUAUUUGGUCCUCACGUAACGUCGUGCUGAAUAUCUGUGGGAAUGAAGCUUUCUUCAAUAUUUGCUGCCCUAAAGACAAAUCAGGGGUUUUCACCAAUGUUUGUUACUUGUUUGAGAAGUACAACAUCGAAGUUCUGUUUGCUAAUGUCUCCUCUAAUGUUUACCGGAGUACCUACGUGAUCCAGACACAGGUGAAUCCGAGUUAUGAGAAUCAGUUAUUGGAAGAUGGAUUUGGAGUUGGGGAUAUUUUCAAGCAAGCUGCUAAUGAAUUGGUCUCAUAUUUUUCAUCUCCUUGA